GUCGCACUCAAAGUACGAGAGAGAAGAAGACCAAGCCUCCCAACUAAGAAUCGCUCGCCUCCACUCUCUCGUACCAUGGAAACAGUGUUAGCACCGCAUAUCCACGAGCAUGUCAUGAUUCCUUGGAAUGAUCUGCGGAAAGGUGAUUGUUGUGGACGCUUGGAAGCUAUAAGCGAUGGCUACUACUGCAAAACCUGCGAUUUCUUCGUCCACAAGGAAUGUGGUGACUCCUCUGAAUAUAUCCAAAACCCAUCUCACUCCAUUCACACUCUUCGUCUUCAGAGUGCUCCAUAUAAGCCAUGUGGUUUAUGUGGGAGAGAUAUCGUGAAUCUAGGCUAUACUUGUGAUAUCUGUGAGUUUUUCAUGGAUCUACGUUGCGUUAGGUAUCCACCACCAGAUGAUAUUUACAUUCCCGACACACAUUGCCACAAGCUAACCCUUCUCAAGGAGGAGAAGUAUUGUAAUUUGUUAGGGAACUAUUUAUUUAUGAUAAUGUUCGAGUGUGGUGCUAACUGUGGGGAGAUUGCAAAUGGAUUCCCUUAUAAAUGCCAUGAGUGUGAUUUAACCUUCCAUGUGGAUUGCGUGUGGCACACGGGAGAAGCAAAACAUCAGUCAGAGAUAAACCACUCUUUCCACUCAUUACAUCCUCUUAAACUCUUCAAAGGCGAACCGCAAGACUAUUCUGAUGGAAAAUGUCGUCUUUGUGGAAGAAAAGUCGAAGAUGAUAAACUGUUUUAUCAUUGCUCUUCGUGUAACUUUACCUUGGACAUGCGUUGUGUCUUGAAUCCACCAGCACAAGCUCUUGUGGAUUUAAAGACGCAUCAUCACCAGCUCACCCUUCUCCCAAGACUCGUUUCUUUCACAUGUAAUGUUUGCGGGCUGAACGGAGAUCGAAGCCCUUAUGUCUGCGUCCCAUGUGUCUUCAUGAUCCAUAAAGACUGUUUUCGCCUUCCACGUCUCAUAAACAUCAAUCGUCAUGAUCAUCGUGUUUUUCGAACUUCUCUUCUUGGUGUUGUGGGUUCCGUUUGUGGAGUUUGUCGCGGGAAGGUCGAUUGGACUUGUGGGGGUUAUUCUUGUCACAAGUGUCCCGGUUAUGUCGUUCAUUCGAAAUGUGCUACAAGAAAGGAUGUCUGGAACGGGAAAGAACUCCAAGGAAUACCUGAAGAAACAGAGGAUAUAGAGCCAUACGUGAUAAUCGAUGACAACACGAUACAACAUUUCAGCCAUAAAGAACAUAACCUAAGGCUCAACACUGAGGGUAUUCUCUGUGAGGAGAGCAAGCGGUGCAUCGCAUGCGUCCAUCCUAUACUGCUUGAUCAAUCUUUCUACUAUUGUAUGGUUUGUGAUUUCAUUCUUCAUAAGAACUGCGCUGAGUUGCCUAUAAAGAAAUGGCAUGUGCUACACAAUGAUCGUUUUACUUUGGACACAAGUAAGCUCGGUCGUUUUUCGUGUGUUGCUUGUCGUGGGGACUCAAAUGGUUUCAGGUACCAAGUUGGGGAAGAGGAAUUAGAUGUACGAUGCGGUUCAGUUUCUGAGCCAUUUAACCAUCCAAGCCACCCUCAACAUACUUUAUAUUUCAUGUCAAAAGAUGUUGAACUACUCUGCCAUGGUUGCUACACGGCGAAAUCUCCUGUGCUUAUAUGUAUCGAAGACGGUUGUGGAUUUGUCUUGGACUUCAAGUGUGCUACUUUACCACAAGUGAUAAAGCAUAGAGUUGAUGAUCAUCCUCUCUCACUAUGUUUUGGUGAAAAGGCUAAUGGUAAACACUGGUGUGAUGUUUGUGAGAAAGAAAUCGAUCCAAGGAAAUGGUUCUACACAUGUAAAGACCAAAGGGCUUGUUUGCAUACGAAUUGUGUGCUUGGAGAUUUUAAAGGUCUUAUGCCAGGAAGCACAGUAGAGAUUUGUGACAGACCAUUUGAAGUAGUGCUCAAUAAUAGUAUAUGUCGCCCGUUUUGCUGGUACUGCAAGUCUCGUUGCAUGCCACCUAUCAUCUUGAAGAUGCAUGGAUGCUCAAAUACAUACAUCUGCUCUUCUCUCUGCAACUUUUAUUUCAUGGAGUUUGUUUUGGAACGGACAUCAAUACUGAUAGAUUCUAGGUGA